AUGUUCCGAUGUGCCAGCGUGUCCGUGGCCGACUUCGAGCAGCUCAAAACGAUUACGAGCAUUGUCCGCCAGGGCCGGGUCGUCAGCAUCGGGCUUGAUGAGGUCAAGUUCGACAACGGGAGCAGCUAUCAGCCACAGCCCAACACUCUCUUUGUCGACUGCACGGCGGAUGGACUGCAGAAGCGCGAGGCAAUUCCAGUUUUCAACGGAAACCUGAUCACUUUGCAGGCUGUCCGUGCCUGCCAGCAGGUCUUCAGUGCAGUCUUCAUCGCGCACGUCGAGGCGGCUUACAGCGGAGAUGAGAUGAAGAAUAUGCUCUGCCGUCCGAUUCCGCAUCCGGAUCAAGAUCUCGACUGGUUGCUCAUGACAUGCCUCAAUCUCGAGAACACCAUGCGGCGGCACGCGAAGCCCAAAACCGCCAAGUGGCUUUCCCAGGCUCGUCUGGACUGGGUCGGCGCCAUGCUGGCAUCUCCCAGUAGCUAUGACGGCUCGGCGAAAGAGCAGGACCCAAUGCAGGCUAUGGCUUCGCCAAUUCACGCAGCAUGCGAGAAGCUCAAGGUUUUGCUUGUUCAGCUUCCGCCGAAGGAUUGGGAACCUGUCAAGGCGCAGAUUAUUGACGCGUAA